AUGGGUAAACACGCUAAUUUUAAAGAAAGAGAAUUGAUAUUGCAUCAUUUAGGAAAUGGCAAGACCCAAAGAGAAAUAAGUGAAAUUAUGAACAAACCACGCUCAACUAUCCAACAUAUCAUUGAAAGAAAACCUAAUCAAGCCCUUAAAACGUCUAACAUUAACAAAACAGUUAAACAUGGUGGUGGCCGUGUUUGCGUAUGGGGUUGUAUAUCAUCUGCCGGUACCGGAAAUCUAAAAUUUAUCGAAGGUAAUAUGGAUGCAACAAUGUAUUUGAAUAUUUUAAAAGAAAAUCUUGCAAGCAGUGAAGAAAAAUUGGGAAUCGAUUACCAACUUAUUAAACCGAACAAAAUAUCAAAUUUAUCUGAAAAUUACACCAUAACACCUGAACGUUUAAGACAAAUUCGUAGUGAAUUUCUUUACUGGUUUUUUGAUGAACCUGACGAAACUAGUGACUAUGAAAGAAGUAUUCAUUCAUCUCAAAAAACAUUACAUAAAAAUUUACACUUUAAACUUCCAUUUUUUGGAUUCCGGUACAAUUAUACACGAAUUUCACUGGAUGGAUAUUUAGGAUUUUCAGAUUUCCCAAAACAUUUAAUGUAUCCUUUAGUGUUUCCAACAAAAGAUUGGCCAAAAAAUAAUGAUCCAUCAUUUAUUGGUAUAUUCUUGUCGAAGUGUCGUAUUGGUAGAAUUUAUCCCAGCGACACUGAUCAAAGAAUGCCUGGUGUUUAUUUCAGAAUUGAAUCUAAUUUAAAUAAACGAACAGAUCGUAUGGGAGUUGAAAUGAGAGAACGUACAAUGUGGGAUAUAAGAGAAGGUAUCAUUGGUGCAAAAACUUUCGUCCCAAAUCAUGUUAUUAUUGCAACAUGGAAAAAUAUUUCAUUUUCUGGCGGUAUUGAUAAUUCCUUGUUCAGGACAAACACUUUUCAAAUGAUUAUAGCUACAGACGAAAUAUAUACUUAUGCUAUUUUUAAUUAUGCACAAAUAGAAUGGGAUUCUCAUACUGAAGCAGGUGGCUCUGUCGAUGUAGGAAAAAAUGGUGUGCCAGCAUUUGUUGGAUUUAAUGCCGGAAAUUCAACAAGAUCAUUUACAUAUAAACCAUAUAGUCAAUCGACUGCUAUAGAAAAUUUAACUAAGGAAGGUUGGGGUAAUGGAUUUCCGGGACGUCAUAUAUUUAGAAUUGAUGAAAAAAUUACAUUAGGGGCUUGUGCCAAUGUUGAAUCCUUAUAUUACCCGUCUACUAUGCCGUUAACGUUCUCACCAGAAUCUGGAAUUAUGCUUGGUGGAAAUAUUGUUAAUAUAACUGGUCCAUGUUUUGAUCCAUCACACCGUAUCACUUGCUACUUUGAUACCGAAAUGGUACCUGGAUUUAUAAUCAACAGAUAUCGAGCUUUUUGCAUCCAACCAGCUCUUAAAGUAACAGGUUAUAUUAAUCUUCGUGUUUCAGUAAACAAUAAUGUACAACGACGAUGGAUAGGAAAAUAUUUUGUUGAAGCACCAUCUAUGGCAACUGAAAAUAUUUAUUUCUCUAACAACAAUAUUUUUACGAAAUCUCCAGAAGAAAUUCAAAUUAAAUGGUAUCCUUCAAAUUUAGCAACAAAUGCAAAUUCAAUUGUACAAAUUUCCAUUUGGGGAUACUAUGAAAUAGGGAAUCAUCGUCAUUUAACUUUCGUUGAUGUUAUUGAAAGUUCAGCACCUAAUACCGGAGAAUACACAAUUACUCCAAAGGACUUCCGUUCACGAAAUAAUUUUGAACACAGUCAUAUAGAAUUUGGCUUUAUACAAAUAAAUACUACAAAUUCAAUAUUCACACCAACAUUUUGGUCUAGACCGAUUCCUCUUGCAUGGUAUUUCAACCCACAAUGGGAAAGAAUGUAUGGAACAGAUUGGGCAAGCUAUUUGUGUAAUAAAUGGUUUCAAUUUGAAAGACCUGAUGGUUAUUUUCUUGAUGAGCUCCCAUUAUGUCCAUGUAAAUUAGAAAAUGCAACAUUUAAUAAAGGACAAUUUUUACCUGAUUUAACUUGUGAUAAAGAUUCAAAUCCAACAUGUUUCUUUAACUCACAAGCAGUUCAUUGCGUUAAAAGUGGCCAACCAAGUCUCCAUUAUGGCUCAGAACAACAAUGUUGCUAUAAUAAUGCUGGGGAACUCUUAUCAUUUUAUGAUACUAUGUAUGGAUCAAGACCAAAAUAUUCACAUGAUAUUGGAAAAGGAUUAACGUGUGAUAACAGACAAAUUCCAACUCUUUCACAAUGGUAUAAUGAUAACAGACCGUAUUUUUCAUGCUGCUAUUGGCAAAAUAAUAAUAAAUCAAAUGAUUGUAAAAGAUUACGUUUUGAAAGAAGACCUUCACAGCAUUGUUCAAAAUAUAAGCCACCUAUAGUCGCAUCAAUACUAUUAAAUUCAACUAUUCAAACAAUUAAUAAUAAAGUUUACAAAUUAAAUAGUCUUGGAGAGUAUGUACUAGCAAAAGGUAAAAUUAAUAAUAAUCAAUUCGAAGUACAAGGUCGUUUUCAAACAAUUGGCAAAGGAAAUAAUGAAACGUGCUUAACAUCUAUUGCAAUUACUAAUGGCAACAAAAACAAUAAUAUUGAAGUUAAAAUAAGGCCACCACAUGCACAAUGGCGUUACAAACUAAAUGUGUAUGCUGGAGGAAAUUUAAUUUAUUUUGAUCGGCCGAAUAUGAAGUUCCAAUACUUUGAUGGUACAACUGUAUACACUCCAACAUACAACUUAAAUCAAUCUGAAGUUAUUAUUAUGCAUUCAUCCGGUGUCGGUGUGCAUAUUAUUGAAAAUUCUGGACAAAUGAAAUCUAAAAUCUAUAUUCCAGAAUCGUUUAAGGAUGAAAUUCUUGGUUUAGUUGGUAUUUACAAUUCUGAUGAUCCUAAAAAUAAAAUUGAAGAACUUAAAAGGAACUUUUUAGUUACCAAAGACGAUUAUUUAUUCGUUUCUGAAUAUGGCAAAACUCUGGGUUCUUACAAUUCUUUACCAAGCUAUUCGUUUUUGUAG